GGCCGCGGGUCCCGCAGCAGCCGCCGCCGGGCAGCCGGGGCGGAGCAGCCCCCGCCGGCUCCGCCGCCCUGGCCCGCGCGGUCGCGGCCGUGCCGGGUCCCGAUCGGGGCUCGGAGCCGCGGAGCAGCCCCGUAGCGCCGCGGGAGCGCCGGGCUGCGCCGCUUGGGAAGACGGAGAGCCUCCCAGUCGGGCACGGAGUUUCGUCCGGCCGGAGCUUGCCGGGGAUGCGGGGCGAGGGAAGCGGGGCGCUGAACGAGAGCGCCACGAGGCCUCUUCUGCGGGGCAGGUGGUGGGGCAUCCAUGCGUUCGGCAGGGCGCCCAGCUCUCUCCAUCAGCGCAUGGCUGAGAUUCCUGUGUCACUUUUCUGGCUUUAAAUAGUGCGGCUGAUUCUGAUGUGGUGGAACAGCUGCAGCCAUCCUGACCUGUCCCCUGGAAGUGGUAAAGACACGUCUGCAGUCAUCCCAGCUGGCACUGCGGCCUCUGUGCCUCCCAGAGGUACAGCUGCCAGGGAUGAGUGUGAGGCUGAUGAAUCCCACCCCACCAUCUCCUGGAGUGCUCAAGUUACUGAGGGCCAUCCUUGAGAAGGAAGGCAAACGGUCCCUGUUCCGAGGUCUGGGUCCAAACCUCGCUGGGGUUGCUCCUUCCCGGGCUAUAUAUUUUGCUGCCUAUUCUGCUACUAAGGAGAGGCUUAAUACUGUCCUGGUGCCGGAGUCCAAGGAAGUACACAUAUUAGCAGCAGCCUGUGCAGGCAUUAGCUCAGCCACACUCACCAACCCCAUCUGGCUAGUGAAAACCAGGAUGCAGCUGGAAGCCAGGGUGAAGGGGGAGACGGCCAGCAACGCUCUCCAGUGUGCCAUGCACGUGUACCGCACAGAAGGCCUACGUGGAUUUUACCGUGGGAUCACUGCCUCCUAUGCUGGAGUGUCAGAGACCAUCAUACACUUUGUCAUCUAUGAAGCACUGAAAAAAGAGCUGAGAAACAGCCAGCAUUCCCAUUCCCCAUCACUCACACUUUCACCAAACAGCAAUGACUUCUUCGGACUAAUGAGCGCUGCUGCUGUCUCCAAAACAUGCGCUACGUGCAUUGCAUAUCCACACGAGGUCAUUCGCACGCGGUUGCGAGAGGAGGGGUCCCGGUACCGUUCCUUUACACAGACUGUGCAGCUCGUGGUCCGUGAAGAGGGAGCCUUGGCUUUGUACCGGGGGCUCCUGGCGCACCUGAUCCGCCAGAUCCCAAACGCGGCCAUCAUGAUGGCUACCUACGAACUCAUCAUACAUUUGGCCUCUUCCACCUUGUAAGGUGUAGCACUUGGCUGAGGCUGCUGUGGAGGUACAGGGACAUCGUGGUCCUGAGACCUGGUCUUUUGCGGGCUCUGAGAGGUGGUGCUUUUUGUCACAGAGCAGAUCUGGGUCAGGCAUUCCCAGGACACGACGACUAUUUUGUGCCAAGUUUUUUGCUCCAAUGUGCACAGUGUAGCCUUUUUUUUCCUUCUGGAGACUUGAUUUAUUCCAGUGCUUCAAGAUGUCAGGGCACUGGUUUGACAGUUCCUGUUGUAAACUCCCUUGAUGAAACAAAGGCAUAGAAUUUACUGGGAAGGAGACAAAGCAGAAAAGUCUAAGAGUGUCUUACCCCAGCAUGUUCACUUCUUUUGGACCCAGUAACAAGCAUUCAUGGGCACAGUUGGGCAUGAAGACAGGCUAGAGCUGACACAUCUGAGAGAACUGCAGCAAGCAGAGAUCUUGUGCUGCAACCUUUGUCCUCAGAGGGGCUCUUCCACUCUCACCUACCGUACUGCCUUCUUGCCCCUAAGGAGGAUUUCUCAACCUUGGCUGCCAGCAAAUUGCAGAAUUUUCCUCUGGGUCCCUCACAUGUUGCAGCCAUUGCCCCAAGAUGUGUCAAUCAGCUCACAGCCCCUUUUUGUCUUGCAGGGUCUGAAAAACCAGACCAAGUAGAUCCAGGGAAGAAGCACAACCUGCUCUGAAGCACUAUCCCAGCAACGCAUGCUACUGCUGGGCUCAGAGCCAUGCUGUGCUAGUAUCUUUUCUAUUUCCAUCCCCUCCAUGCUCAGCAGAAAGAGGAAGAAGCCUCCUUCCCCCAGAAGUGCUGGGGCUGUUCUACAAGCUGGAACCCCUGGUAUAAAAAAUACUCUAUCAUACUGAUAAAGAAAGCAGAUCAUGUGAGAAGAUGGAUGGAGCUCAGGAGAUUUGGCCUGUUUCUGUUGAUACACUAAGUGUAUGAAAAGAGCCUUAUUUAUUUUCCUGUGUUGCUGCAUGUGCUACAUUUGCCUGUGACAGGCUUGAGUGCCUUCUGUUCUUUUGUGGGUCCCUACCACUGAGUUCUGGGGAAGGCUACAUUGUGUUUACAGAGCAUUUUGAUUCUCAGAAAGGCAUGGGGAAGGGUUGUGAGUGAUGUGUUUUUCUUGCUUCAUCACAUAUGCUAAAAAAUAUAACCCUUCCCCAAGAUAAGGUAGUCAUUUCAGUAAAUACAUGCUCUGGACAAGCUCCAGUUUCACAUGGGAGGCUACACUAUUUCUUUCCCUGGUUGUAGUGAAAAACUGCAGAAGUCCUGUAUGUUUUAUUUGAAAUCCAUUUAUUUUAAAAUCCACUUUGUUUCCUCAUCUUUCUUACCUUCAUUCAUUUAGUAUUAGGAGUAUUGACAAUUUUACAAAGCGACACAAAGCUGCAGUGGUUUGUUGGUUGUUUUUUUUGUUUGUUUUUUUUUUUUUUUUGCAUGAAACGAGAAUAAACC